AGGGGGGACCGCGAGGAGGCCCCGCCCCCGCCUCUCCGGGCCGGCUCUUCUCCGCCUCCGAACCCGCUCACUUUGCCUCUCGCCUCUGGACGGCGGCGGGGCGGCUGCCAGAGCCGCGACCAGAGGGAUCGCCGGGGACCCGGAGCCAUCCCGCAUCGGCGCCUCCUCUCGGCGCCCGCGCCCCUCAGGGGGGACAGCGCCGCCGCCUUGAAAGGGCACCCUGGCCUCGGAGGGGGCAUCCCCCGGGCACGAGAGGCGGCGGCGCUGACAGCCUCGUUCUCGGCCAGCGGGGCGCAGCGCUGGAGCCGGAGGGGACUCCCUGGCCACCUGCAGGUACCGCCGCGCGGAGGGAGCGUUGCUAGCGGUGACGCCGGGCUGCAGAGCAGGCUAGAGCCGAGUGGCCCCCGAGCCAGCGAAGGGCAGGAGCGGAGCCCCGAGGGAGAGCCCGCCGGACAGCCCGCGGGCCCCGACGGCGCGCUCCCCCGUCGGCCCAAGACAGGCAGACCCCGGGGGGGCGGCGGCGGCGCCCUCGGCCUCGGGGCCUCGUGGCGGCCAGCCAUGACCUUCGGGCGCAGCGGGGCGGCCUCGGUGGUGCUGAACGUGGGCGGCGCCCGGUACUCGCUGUCCCGGGAGCUGCUGAAGGACUUCCCGCUGCGCCGCGUGAGCCGGCUGCACGGCUGCCGCUCGGAGCGCGACGUGCUCGAGGUGUGCGACGACUACGACCGCGAGCGCAACGAGUACUUCUUCGACCGGCACUCGGAGGCCUUCGGCUUCAUCCUGCUCUACGUGCGCGGCCAUGGCAAGCUGCGCUUCGCGCCGCGGAUGUGCGAGCUCUCCUUCUACAACGAGAUGAUCUACUGGGGCCUGGAGGGCGCGCACCUCGAGUACUGCUGCCAGCGCCGCCUCGACGACCGCAUGUCCGACACUUACACCUUCUACUCAGCCGACGAGCCGGGCGCGCUGGGCCGCGACGAGGCGCGACCCGGCGGUGCCGAGGCGGCCCCCUCCAGGCGCUGGCUGGAGCGCAUGCGGCGGACCUUCGAGGAGCCCACGUCGUCGCUGGCCGCCCAGAUCCUGGCCAGCGUGUCGGUGGUGUUCGUGAUCGUGUCCAUGGUGGUGCUGUGCGCCAGCACCCUGCCCGACUGGCGCGCCGCGGCGGCCGACAACCGCAGCCUGGAUGACCGGAGCAGGUACUCCGCCGGCCCUGGGAGGGAGCCCUCCGGGAUAAUUGAAGCUAUCUGCAUAGGUUGGUUCACUGCAGAGUGCAUCGUGAGGUUCAUCGUCUCCAAAAACAAGUGUGAGUUUGUCAAGAGACCCCUGAACAUCAUUGAUUUACUGGCAAUCACGCCGUAUUACAUCUCCGUGUUAAUGACGGUAUUUACAGGCGAGAACUCUCAACUCCAGAGGGCUGGAGUCACCUUGAGGGUGCUUAGAAUGAUGAGGAUUUUUUGGGUGAUUAAGCUUGCCCGUCACUUCAUUGGUCUUCAGACACUUGGUUUGACUCUCAAACGAUGUUACCGAGAGAUGGUUAUGUUACUUGUCUUCAUUUGUGUUGCCAUGGCAAUCUUUAGUGCACUUUCUCAGCUUCUUGAACAUGGGUUGGACCUGGAAACAUCCAACAAGGACUUCGCCAGCAUCCCUGCUGCCUGCUGGUGGGUGAUUAUCUCUAUGACUACAGUUGGCUAUGGAGAUAUGUAUCCUAUCACAGUGCCUGGAAGAAUUCUUGGAGGAGUUUGUGUUGUCAGUGGAAUUGUUCUAUUGGCAUUACCAAUCACUUUCAUCUACCAUAGCUUCGUGCAGUGUUAUCAUGAGCUCAAGUUUAGAUCAGCUAGAUAUAGCAGGAGCCUCUCCGCUGAGUUCCUAAAUUAAUGCACUGCCAAUCAAUUCUUGCAUAAACUUUGAUAGAAAGAGGUGACGCUACUUCAUAUUCACGCAUUUCUUGCUGGGUGAGCACUGCAGUGGUACUGUUAUCAUCUUGGUAGGGUAAGAAUUAUCCUUCCCAGCCGAAGGGAUAAAACAGUUUACUUAUUAUGGAGUAAAUAGGAUUGAAACUGCAAAGGAAAAGUAAUGACUCCUAGAGUAAAUUUUAAGAUCUUACUUUAUUUAGAUUUGUCUCCUCCAUGCCUUGAACAAUUACACUUUUUGUGUUUGUUUUGAAGUAUAUUAUUUGAACAUUUUAAGACUGGAAGCUACUAUUUUCCAAAUGUUUUUCCGUCUUAUGAAUUCAGAAGAAACUUGGAAGUUACAGUGUUGUUUUUUGCUGGAGAGUAACAUUUUCAUUUCUAAAUGUUUUAUAAUCUCUCAUAUCAAUGUCAGAAGUAUCCGGGAAACAUAUGUCACAUGCAGGAACUGUUUGACAAAUACUUACAAAAUUUGGCCAAAUUUUAAACUGUAUAAUGGAGCUAGAUACAAGCAAGAAUAGUAUUUGAAAAACUUUUCCAGCAUAUUUCUCAGUUCUCUGACAUAUUCUUUUUCCUGUUAUUCACCUUAUCAUACAGCUUCAUGGAAGCUUGUAUAUGUUCUCUCUUUUCUAUUUUGGAUUUCUUUUCUCUCUUUACUGAAAUGACUCAAAAGAGUAUUUCAGAAUGAGGAGAACUUGUAUUGUUAGCAUUUCAUUGGAGUUUAUUUUUUUAUUCAUUGCCUUUACUAGGUGAUAAUUGUCCUCACAUUCAGAUGUCCAAACAAGAGUAUUUCCAAUGUAAAAAUGAUAAUAGAAAUAGUUUGACAUUAUGACCCAUAUUUAUCUUCUUCUGCUCGUGAAUUUUUCCCCCAAACACUAUCCGUUUAAUAAGCCUUACCAGAUGAAAGGAUAUUUAUAUAGGUUUUUUAUACCAAAGUCAUACUUAGAUGUUGCUACUGGAUUGUCAUAAAUAGAGAAAUUAAAUAUUUCCUUACUCUUAGUUGCUAUGUAGCUAAGCCAAUUUUAAGCCAGCUUGAGGCAAUGAACACAUAAUUAUUUGAUCUGAUCUUCAGCAUUGUGAAUUAUAGUGACACCAAAACUUCUUGUAACAAUAUUGAAUAAUAUGCCACAUUAAUCUGGUAGAUUAUUAGGACUAGACAAUGUAAAACUGAUGACUCUUUAGUGCUGAAUUUUAGCAUUAUGAGUUAGGAUUUUGCUUUGUUGUUAACCAGUUGCCAUAAAGAAGUCAGUGUAUAAACAAAAAAUUAAAAUCAUUGAUUCAUGAAUAA